ACAAGGCAGAAAAUCAACGUACCGUAGCAACAUCCAACAGUGCUUCCAACACAACCUGGCAACAGCCCAGCGUGACAUGGCAUCCCACUAAUUCGGGACUCACUUGGAGCUCUGCACGAGGGUCUGGAUGUCAAUCUUUGGCUGUGAGGGGCUCAUUUAAACAAGUCAGUCACAACAAAGAUUUCACAGAUUCGCUUCAACAGAACUUUUAUGAAAACGUAUGUGAAAGGAAAGUGGAAAAACUGAGAUGCAAUAACGUGAGCAUGUGGAGCCUUCGGAACCAGUUCUUCACCCUGUGCCUCGCUGUGAGCUGUGUGCGCAGUGCAGCAGGAGUGAUCCAUGCAUAUGGAUAUGAAAGGGGAGAAGUUCAAUUCCCUUGUCACUAUCAGCCUGGUUAUGAGUCCUAUGAGAAGUACCUGUGCAAGGAGCCCUGUGGCUGGGAUGAAAUUCUUAUUAAGACGACUCAAACUGAUAAGAACAAAUACUCCCAACAAGAUGACCGUCGGAAUCAAGUCUUCACAGCGACUAUCCGUAAUCUGAGUUUUGCAGACGCAGGAAAAUACUGGUGUGCGGUGAGCGUAAAUGGAAAGGACCUCUACACUGAAAUUAAACUGGAAGUACUUCAGGACGAGUGUUGUGACCGAUCCACCAAAGUCCAAAGUUAUGAGGAGAGUUCAGUGUCCUUUAGUUGUCCGUAUGAGUCCAAGUACCAGAACAAUCUGAAGUACGUCUGCAGAGGAAACCAUCCGUCCAAAUGUCUGCAGGAUGCAAUAAUCACCUCAAACGGCAAUCAAACGGAACAGCUGCAACUUACUGAUGACACGGUGUUGAGGAUAUUCACAGUUACCAUGACCGAGCUGACCAGAGGCCAGUCUGGGUCGUACCUCUGUGGUGUCCAAGUAAACACGGGCCUGGAUGUUUUCUCUGCUUUUGAGCUGCAAGUGAAAGACUGGUGCUGUGUGACGUCAAUCAAUGAGAUCGGCAUUGUGGGAAACCAAGUAACGAUGCGGUGUCCGUACCCACCGGGACACAGGCAUAACAGGAAGUUCCUCUGCAGGGGAGAACAACGCAAGAAAUGCACAGACAUGACAUAUGAAAGCCGGUUCACACUGCGAGAAGAUAUGUCUUCCAGCUCCUUCUUGGUGAUAAUCUCAGAGUUGAAAGCAGAGGAUGCUGGGACAUACUGGUGUGGUUCAGACCCGGAGUGGAGUGCUGAUCAAUACACCAAGAUUCAUCUGUCAGCAGUCUCUAAGAAGCAAACCACCACUCUGAUCUCUACUGUCACCACCAUGGAACCUACCAGCUCACAAGCAACAGUUAUCCCUGAAAAAACGUUUGAAGCGAGUUCUCUCUCUGUGGUUUCCAUUGUGCUGCCCGUCCUGGUCACACUGGCGGUUGCCAUUAUUGGUGUCAUAGUUUGUAAAUACAAGUGUAGCAAAGUGCAAGGAGCUGGAGUCGACUUGAACACAAACAAAACCAAAGCAGACGAAACUGAGGAAGCGAUCGAAGUAGCAAAUGUUUAUAGAAACGAAGACUCAGCUUUCUCCAUGCAGCCUCCCCCCCGUCAGCUCUACGAUGAGGCAGGAGAAACCGAACAAGAGUCCGUGUACCAAAACUACGCAUCAACAGAGGACAUCUACUGCAAUCAAGAUUACAUUAGAGCCUUACAAGAUGGACAGCAGUAGUUUAUCUUGCAUUUUGGGGUACAUUCUUAUCCAAAUUAGUCCAUUUGUUUUGUCUCUAUUAAGAGUGGAUCAACACAUGUUGCAUUCUGCUGUGGCCCAACCUUCUCAAUGUCUGACUGAAAACUUUAGUACUAAAACAUUUAGUACUAACCAUUUUAUGGCUUAUUUCCCCUUAUUAUAUUCCAAUUAUUAUAAUGUUAUAUUAUGUACUGUAAAAAAUGCCUGAAUAAUUGCCUCAACUUGAUUUUUCAAAGAACAAAUUGUUGAUAUUGUUAUAUAAGAUAUUGUUAAUGACCAUUUCAGAUAUUUCCAUCAAACGGUAAUUCUAUAAUGUUAGUAUAAAAAAGAUGUAUUACAUGACAAAACAAUAUUUGAUGUCAUAAACAUAGCAACAAACUAGGAAAUAAUGUCCUAUUUGAAAGGGGAAGCAUCUGUUGUUUCAGUCUUUCUUUGAAAUAGUUUGGUGUUUCUGCGUAAUGGAGGUUAAUUUUUAUAUUCUUCCUCUUUUUUAAGCUUGUCUCACUGUCCGCAGUUUCUCAUUCUCAUUCCCCGCUGUUAACACAUUUUUUUAGUUGUUUAGAGAUAAAACCUUCCUCUAUCUGUGGACAGAGGACAGGACUUACUGAUUCUGACUGAUGUCUGUGUACUUUUUUUUGUAUUUUUUCUAAACUUGAAUUAAAAAUCGUAUUCAACAUAUUGAC